AUGUCUGAACUUAAUCGACGCAACAUCUUACCAGAACAUCAAGCUGGCUUCAGACCAGGAAAAAGUACAGUAUACAAUAUCGUGAGAUUACAACAAUAUGCUGAAAGACAGCUGACAGCUGAAAGCUCGAGGCGUCACUCGGCAGUCGUUCUCUUCGAUAUUAAAGCUGCUUUUGACUCAGUAUGGCAUGAUGGACUAAUAUACAAACUCAAUGAUCUACGUCUUCCUCGAUACAUGGUCAGAUACCUAAUCUCUUUCUUGCACAAUCGAACAGCCGCCAUUGAAAUUGAAAAUGUCUUAUCACGAUCGUUCCAGCUUAAGAGUGGUACACCACAAGGAUCUCCUUUGUCACCAUUGUUAUACAUCAUUUACACGGCAGAUUCGAUGAAUGGUAUACCGUCUCAUACGGAACAUGGAUUAUUCGCCGACGACACAGCUCUAUGGACAUCGACAAUAUCCACAACAGGUCUUAACGAAAGACUUCAACAAUCCAUAGAUGCUUUCGAAAAGCUGGUUCAUUUCAGCCUACACCCAAGAAAGAAAUACAUACAUCCAGUGGAAGUGAAAGUGGAAAACACCAUAAUCACUCCGGUGGAUCACACAAGAUACUUGGGUGUAAUAAUCGACAAACGGUUAAACUGGCGGAAACAUCUCGAUCACAUAGAAAGUAGGAUUGGUCCUCGGAUCGGCCUGCUUCGCUAUCUAUCGAGAAUGUCAUACGGUCCAAACAUGAAGAUAAUGAUAAACAUUUUCAAAUCAAUUGUGCGCACAAUUAUUGUCUAUGGUUAUCCUGUUCUACUUACUGCUGAUCAACACAUAUGGAACCGACUGCAGAUUAUGCAAAACAAAGCAUUACGUGCUGCUCUCGGUCUACCCAUAUAUACAUCAACUGCAUACAUACAUCAGAUCAGUAAUGUACCGAAAAUCGAUGUUUAUGCAACAGGACUACUUCAAAAAGCGAUACAAACUGCUACCAUACAAAAUGACACGACACUCCGUAAUCAUUUACAAGACAUUUUCGACCAAAUCAAAAACAACAUCUCCUGA